AUGGUAGUCUACCGCGCACCGGAACCUAGGUUGUCAUUCCUCACAUCCAACGAGGAAAGACAAUCAUUUGACUUCUUCCUCCAUCAAACGAGGUAUCGCUUUCCAGCGGACUUCUCGGAUCCAGUGCUACGAUCUGCGCAUAGCUAUGAAGCACUUGCGCGCACGGUUGUCGCGUGUGGGGCUCUGCAGCAGAUCUACGAGUAUGGCGAUGAUCCUCUUCUUUCGAGUCCGCUGGGUCAGUUCGCUAUGCGGGAGUAUGGACGGGCACUAAGGAAUGUGGGGAUUCGGCUUGCAAGUGAUGGGAGGGAUCUGAGUCUGGUUUGCUGUUUGCUUUUUGCUUGUUUUGAGUGUAUGAGGGGCUGUCCGAGGGCGGCAGUUGUUCAUAUUAAAUCCGGAUUGAAUAUACUGCUGCGGUGUGGAGAGGAGCUGAUGUGGAAUGUCGUAUCGCGAGAAACGAUGGUAUACCUGUUUAUGAGAUUGGAUAGCCAGUUGGUCGGGUUGUUAGGUACGUCGCUGUCUCGGACGUUGAGGGGGGACGGUGAGCGAAGUUCGUCUAUCUUGGAGAGAUUUGUCCUCGGAUAUAACAGGGACGAUUUGCAGCAUUGCUUGGAGGGUGUGCUGAAUUCUAUCUUCCAUGAUCGGUUGGAUAUGGCGCUGACUAUGGAGAAUCGACCGUUGUCUACCCUUCCACUUGAUCAGGGACGGGCAUUGAGGUAUUUGAAGGAGUGGCAUUGUAAGCCCUACAUAUACGGUCAGGAUCCCGACCUUAUACGCAUUUGGUAUAUCAUUGCGAAGAUGUAUGUUGCUGUCCCGCCAGAUGUUCCAGAGGUUGUGUGGGAUCAGUUUCAGGCGGAAUUUGAGACGGUUGUUUCGCUUGCGGAGAAUUACCUAUUGCGCACAAGGCAAUUCUCACAAAAGCGGACGUUUUCUUUUAAUAAUGGCAUUGUAUCCCCGUUGUAUAUUGUGGGCGUGCGCUGUCGAGAUGUGACAAUUCGUCGUAGGGCGAUCUGCCUGCUAGAGAGCUGUGAGCGACGGGAGAUAUUAUGGGAUUCUACGCUGACUGCAAUAACUGCUAGGCGGGUCAUGGAGAUUGAGGAGUCUCCGAAAAUUGGGCCGGAGCCGCUUGGACGGAGAGUUCGAUCUGUGACCGCUGUUUUGGACGAUGAUAAUGGGGUCAGUGUAGAGUUUGAUUGA